CCGCCGCCGCCGUCGUUGUUCGACGCCCGCCGCCGACGACGACGACGACGACGACACGCGAGGCAGCCGCGCGAGUCGCAGGUUAUGUCAAGCGGAUUGGCAGGCGCUGUCUCAAACCAGCGGAUGAAAGGACAAACCGGCAACCAAGUGAGCAAUGGUCCUAAGGAACACCAGCAGCAACAGCAAACAGAGCAUGCCGCUGGCGAGGACACUGGUUUCGACUCGUGGCGAGGUGGCAACAAUGCUCAGCAUCACUCGAGUUACCCGAUCGGAACCGGCGAUCCGUACAGCCAGUACUACGCCGGUACCUCGUUCCCCUAUCAGACCUUCGGCGCGGGCGACGGCACCUGGUCGAAUGGCACCGACCCGGUCGCAUUUUUGUCUGGAUACGGUGGUCAAAUAAGCCACGAUGCCUACGGCAUGGACGGCAGCAUGUUCUCGGCGUCGGCAGCCGGUGGCGGCUUCAGCGCGUUCGGCCAGCCGCCGUUCAACUACUUCCACGGCAACGGUGACUUCAAUACAUGGGGCACGCCGAGGAGGACCAAGUACGAGGAUUACUAUCAGCCACCGCGCGGCAACGAGAGCUAUGUUAACCCGGCGGCGAGCGGCACCGGCGAGAUCAAGACCAUCGAGCAGGGCGUGCAGGGUCUGUCGAUCGGCGGCGGCGGCGCCGGCGGCGGCAGCGAGCUACCGCGGCAAGAUCAGCAUCCGCAGGCUACGGCGCAGCAGAUCAAGCCCGAGCCGAAGGAGCCGAGAAAGAUAACGUGGGCGAGCGUGGCGAGCCAGCCGGCGAAGCCGGUGCCACAGCUCUCGUCCUCGCAAGGGAUGAAGAAGAAGGCGGGCAUGCCGCCGCCGCCUAUCGUGCCGGGCAAGCACAACAUGGACAUCGGGACGUGGGGCGAGGGUAAGUCUUCCGCACCGCCGCCGCCUACGGCACCGCCGCCGCCGCAGGUGCAGCCGCCGAUCCCGCCGCCGCCGCCGCCCGUCCAGAGGCAGCAACGACCGCAACAACCCCCGCAGCCGUGCUGGAACAGGCAGCCAUCCGCGCCGGUCACGGCGACGCCACCGAUCCCGCAGCAACAGUCGCAGCAGACCCAAAUCCACAUGCCGCCGCAGUCGCAGCAGCAUCAGCAGUCGCAGCAUCAGCAGUCGCAUCAGCAGCAUCAUCAGCAGCAACUUCAGCAUCAGCAGAUUCAGCAGCAGCAGCAGCAGCAGCAGCAGCAACAACAACAACAGCAACAACAACUUGCCCAGGGAAACCAAUCGCAUCCGGUUCUCGACGAACUAAAAGUAAAGAACGACUACAAUCCCAUAGAUUUUGAUCAGACCGCGCCUGGCGCGAGGUUUUUCGUGAUCAAAUCCUACUCGGAGGAUGACAUCCACCGGUCUAUCAAGUACGAAAUUUGGUGCAGCACGGAGCACGGCAACAAGCGGCUGGAUCAGGCUUACCGAGAGGCGAGCCGCGAAGGCGCGCCUCUUUAUCUGUUCUUCUCUGUGAACGGGUCCGGUCACUUCUGCGGCAUGGCGCAGAUGGUCUCCCCUGUUGACUAUCAGUGCAACAGUAGUGUCUGGUCCCAGGACAAGUGGAAGGGUCAGUUUCGCGUCCGUUGGAUAUACGUGAAGGAUGUUCCUAACGUGCAGCUGCGGCACAUUAAGCUCGAGAACAAUGAGAACAAGCCGGUGACCAACUCGCGAGACGCGCAGGAGGUCCCGCACGCGAAAGGUAUCACGGUACUGCGUAUUCUGCACACCUACCGUCACUCCACGAGCAUCUUUGACGACUUCGGGCAUUACGAGCGCCGGCAGGCCGAAGAGGAUCAGCGCAAGGCCCCGAGCAAUCCCAUACAGCAUCAUCAUUCUUCCUCCAAUCAUAGAAACAGGGGACAUGCCCCGGAUAUGUCCAGAGAUCACCACCCGCACGGUCACCAGCCUCAUCUGCAUCAGCGCAAGGAACGCGGCGGUGGUCGUGGUGGUAGAGGAGGCUCGCGCCAGUAGCGCUUGAUAUUUCAGAGACGUAAUGUCGUUAACGAGAGUAAUCGAUGUAAAGGAAGCACGCUACGACUAAUAAUCACGUCCUACCACUUACCUUUGCUUUCCUGGAUCCACAAUGGGCUUCUUCUGAUUUCCUGUGAAUCGAACAUUCGUUGUUGACCUCGGCCGCGUUGUUCUUUUGUUGAAAUGAUUAAUCCGAUAAUCAGAUAACACUAGCAUCGCGUCGGCAUCAUCGUAAAAUAAUAUAUAACCGCAACUCAUGAGGAGAAGGAAAAAGAAGAGAUGCGAAGGAGGAGGAUGAUACACUGUUUCGAAGGAUAUUUGAUUAAACUCCCUGACGAUUACAAAGCAUAUAGUGUGGUGUUGCGUGCUAUUCAUCGAAAGGUGUUUCUUAAACGUACAAAUCAUAAAACAGGACAGAAGACGGGAAGAGAAAGAGAGAGAGAGAGAGAGAGAAAGAGGGGAGAAGAGGGAAAGAAAAAAAAAUGCGGUAGAAGGAAAAAAAACUGUAAUAUGUGGACUAAUUCUUGUAAAAUGCUUAAACUUUUGUUGAAAAUGAAAAAAUCUAUACAAGAACAUUAUAUUAUAAACAAGUGUCAUUUGGAUUGGUUAUAUAUCGUUUUAAAUACCAAUGGACAUUCAAUCUGGUGCCUGCAGCUCGACAGAAGGGUCGAAUUUCCCCUUAAUUGUUAAUAAGGUGCAGGGGCUUGUUACAACGUUCUCAGUUGUAUUUAUAACCAUCAUGCUUCACAAAAUGAAUUAUACAGAAAAUUAUUGGCGUUUAUUUUAGCGCGUAUUCUAUAUGUAUUGCGAAUAUAUCAUCUAUUAUUAUAUUAUUCAUGGACUACAGAGAAAUGAGUUGAGGAUAAUAUAACGAGAAGUGAAUAAUAUUACAAUUAAUCUACUGUAAUGUACACGAUGACGACGAUCAUUAUUAUUGUACCAUUUGGUGACAUUUCAUGAGAUAUGAUUCUUAUUGUUAAACGCA